AUGGAACCAGUUUCAAGUUCAAGGGAUGAUUCAUGUCCAAACGUAUCUUUUGGAACACUCCUAAAAGCAACCGAUUGUUUUUCUUCAACAAAUUUGAUUGGUGCUGGAAGCUUUGGUUCCGUUUACAGGGGUGUACUUGAGGUUAGUGGAACUACUGUUGCCAUGAAGGUGAUUCAUCUAGUCUGUCAUGGUGCUUUGAAGAGCUUCCAUGUCGAGUGCGAGGCAUUAAAGAACAUCAGACAUCGAAAUCUUUUGAAGAUAUUGACAGUUUGCUCUGGCAGUGAUUAUCAAGAAAAUGAUGUUAAGGCCUUAAUCUAUGAAUUCAUGGACAAUGGUAGCUUGGAAUGGUGGCUUCACCCAAAGGCAACAUCAUCUCAUCACAAUGGACUUCCAACAAAGUUGAAUUUCAUUCAAAGGAUAAAUAUUUCCAUUGGUGUUGCUUCUGCACUGGAUUAUCUUCAUCACCAGUGCCACAUCCCCAUCAUUCAUUGUGAUCUAAAGCCAAGCAAUAUCCUCUUAGAUUCUGAGAUGGUCGCACAUGUUGGUGACUUUGGAUUGGCAAAAUUCCUUUUUGGAUCAUCUUUUGAUACCGCAGCUAAUCAAAUGAGUUCUGUGGGUUUUAGAGGGACAAUCGGUUAUGCUCCACCAGAAUAUGGAAUGGGGUGUGAGGUUUCAAGAGAAGGUGACAUCUAUAGUUAUGGCAUUCGUUUACUAGAAAUGUUCAUAGGAUUAAGUCCCACCGAUGACACCUUUAGAGACAAUUUGACUCUUCAUGGUUUUGUCGCAAAAGCUUUGCCUAAAUGA